AUGGAUCAAAUGGUUGUAAUUGUGGUUGAUUCAGCAACCCUCAUGUAUGGCUUUCUGGAAGAAUCGUCCGUGUCACUGAAGAAAUGGUCAAAGAUUUAUCAACGUCUCUUUCUCGGCAGCAUCCUCGUCUACUUUAUGCUACUAUCGAAUGUCUUCAAGGGGAAUAUUGUCAAAGAAUUGAAUAAUCCGUUAAUUUUCGAAGACUCCAUGUACGUAAGUGAUGUAGUGGAGUCAGAUAAGAAGGUAAUCUACUACGAGAGCAUCCAUGCUGUGUACAGAAAGUAUGCAAAUGACACGGAAUUGAUUAUAAAUAAAUUGAGCAAAAGACGUGUUGAAUGUUGGGGCCUGCAUGAGUGCUUUUGGAGCAUUAUUGAGAAGGAUCGUGUAAUGAUCAUUCGGGAGAAUUAUGCAAAGAAUGCAAGAGCACUCUUCUGGGACAACAACACGGGUAGUGACCUCCUGCACAUCGUCCCAGAAGUUCCCUUCUCAUUCUUUGCCUCAAUCACCGUCAACAAGGGUUCACCGUAUGUGAAUAAACUAAAUGAAAUGAUCCUCCAGUGCACCGAAGCAGGGAUCGUGCAGCACGGCUUAACAACUGCUGAGCAUUCCUUGAGACUCAAACACCUAAGGAGGUACAUUGUGGGCGAAUUUAUUCCUGAAGAAUCCAAAAAACCCAUAAAUAUGAAAAAUAUCGACAUGAUCGUCUUUAUCUUCUUGAUCAUGCUUCUCCUCAGCACAGUGAUGUUUUUCUGCGAAAUUAUCUUUCAUAAAAUCAUUAAUGUUUAA